GAGAGGUUGAGAUCGGAAACUUGUACCGGUACCGGUACGUGAAACUUGUAUUUUUUCGUAUUACGUCACUAGAAUUGGAGUGUCACGUGAUUUUCGCCAACGUUACAAGUUGAUCAAAACGUGUGCAGAAGCUGCUACAACAAAGGCAUGGCAUUACCCAAACUUUUUCGGAAAACACAGGUGAGAUUCUCAGCAAAGGAUGAUUUAAACCUUCUAAAGGAGGUGUUGGCUGAAAACCCAUACAAGGACAAAACAAAAUGGGAAGUUGUUGCCCAAAACGUGAAGGAAAAUGUUGAUAUAGUAUUUAAUGUAACAUCCAGGAGAGUGAGAGAAAGGACACAGUUACUGUUGCAGCAGUUUCAGAAAGAAAACUAUGAAGCACUAAAAAAAUCUGGAACAGAAGAAGAAUACACAGAAAAACAACAACUUCUUCAAGAAAUUCAGUCAUUAGCUGAAGAAGAAGACAAAGAACAGAAGGAAAAAGCUCAACAGAAGGACAAGGAUGAACACUCUGCAAAACUGAUCAGAAAAAGGGCAUGGAAACCCUUACCCCAGUUAAGAUCUCAAAUGACAGUGAAGGUGUAACAGUAACACCCAGUAAGAUCACCAAAAUAAAGGGUAAUGAAUCUAUUAUGUCGUACCUUAAAGAAAAAUGUGAUGUUGAAAAAGACAUCAAAAUGGCAGAAGUGAACAUACGGAAAGAGGAAUUGAAGCUGGAGAGGGAAAGGUUUGAGAUGGAAAGGGAAGAGAGGAAGCAGAAGAUAGAAAAUGACAAACAACA